GAGUUGUACCCAUUUGUAUUUCAUCUGGCAAUCUGAUAAAUCGUUACACAUGCCUGACAGGAUGAUACAUGUAUUGGAUUCUGCAUCUCUAUUUCAAGAAGCAUGUUUAAAGCUUACUGAAGAUAAAAUAUUAGCUGUGGACUGCGAGGGGUUAAAUCUGGGACGAAAUGGAACUUUGGACAUCAUCUCUGUAUUUAGUACUUCUCGACUAGAGCUAUUCCUCUUUGACAUCACAUCAGUUGGGAGCCAAGGUUUUGACAAUGGUCUAAGAGAUCUUUUCGAGAACCCUUUGAUAACUAAGUUAAUGUUUGAUUGUAGGCAAGAUACUGAUGCGCUAUACCACAUUUUCGGGGUUAAUAUCGAUGGUUUGGUUGAUGUUCAGCUGAUGGAUGUUUUUCAUUCUCUGAACAAGCAGCCAAAAGAUAGACUACCUGCACGUUCAGCACCAAACUAUUGGUCGGAAGUUGACAAAAGCAUCACACGUGUUAGAGGUCUAGGAGCUUGCAUUCAGACUAUCCUAGGCAAUGAAGAUGUCCAAACUGAAAAAAGAAAUGUUCAGGUGAUGAUGCAGAGCCAACCUCAAAAUAUUUGGUGCAUUCGGCCACUUCCCAAAACGCUGGCAGACUAUUGCCUUGAAGAUGUUAAGUAUCUGUUCGAUCUAUAUUACAUGUACAUGAGCUAUGGGGUUUGCAUCGAGAAAGUCAAAAGUGCAUCAAUUCGAUAUAGAGACUACAUUAAAGCCAUCCCCAAGACUGACAAUAUUAGCAAGUUCGUGUGUGGACACAACCUACUUCCACACAACAUUUUGGAAGUUGAACCUUACCUUGGUCAGGGAACUCAGUGCAAAGGAUGCUUCAAACGAUUUAAUGCUCGUGAAUUCAAAAAAGACCUGGGUAGUAGCAAGAGGUUUUGCCGUGUGUGCCGCAAACUUGAUUCUAGACCAAAAAGCAACCACAGGCAUCGGCCAUGCAAUGGGUCGUGAAGUUUUUUAGCCUAAAUUUAUUGUAUUUUAACAUCCUGUGUGGAUAAUUUGUAUCCUAUCACAUUUUUAUACAAUUGAUAAUAAGCUUCUAUAAGCGAUUAUUUAUAUUUUAUAUAUUAUUAUAUAACAAUUAUUUAAAUUGUCGUCAUUAAUUGCUUGUUUUGAAAUAUCGUGCAUUAGAUUGCUAUUCUAUGAGUUGAGUACUAUUCGACGUAGAGAUCAACGGAUACAACGAUCAACUUGUAUUUUUAACUAUUUUAUUACAUGUUUGUACAAUUGAUAAAUUAUUUAAUAAUCUACACUUUAAAAUCACACUUUUAUAUACUUCUGUUACCUUGCAAUGUUG